AUGCAAGGAGCACAGGGUGCAGAGGGGACGGGAUGUGGUGGAUUGCCACCGACCCACAGCAAGCCGGCACGUGAGCACCCGGGGCUGGCACGAGGGCGCCGCAGCAGCCUCUGCUUGCUCAGGAGGCCUGGCGUCUUCCCGGAAGCCCCCCAAACCCUGGCGCGCGAGGGGCGGCUCCAGCCGGGGUUCCCGGGCAAGCGCAGCGCCGCCCCCUUCCCGCGGGUCCCGCGCGGACACCGUGAGUGGCAGCUCCUCAUUGCUGCAGAGGGCUGCUGGAGCUGCGGCGGCCGUCACCUCAUUCCAUGUCCCAUUCUCGAAUGUUAUUCUGUGACAUAUAAUCGAGUCACCCGGGCAGCCGCCGAUGUUCCGGAUGCAUCCAUUGGACACCGCAACAAAGAGGGGCGGGUCCCGGGCUUGGGACUCUACAACCCGGAGCUGUGCAGCUCUGUGAUUGGCUCUAAGGUCCCCAGACAGGAGGGGAUCGGAGUAAGGGAAGCUGGGCUGCCGCUCGAAAUCCGAUGCUGCGGUGUCCUGGGAGCCCUGCGGAGCUCGAGCAACUAUCCAGGGACUAAGGUCCAGUUUCCCGGGGGCGGAGGCGCAGCAGUGAAGACCCGGAGAUGUGACUCGGAGAAGGAAAACCAGAGCUCUCCCCUCUGCGUUCUGGCUCUCAGGUCUUGUGACUGCAAACUGCUUUCUCCUGAACCCCUAGGAGCCUGGCUGUCCGAGCCUGGCUCUGAACUGGAGGACAGCAGCCUAGCUUCAAGCAGGUCAUCCUUUAGUCCAUUUCUCUCCCUUCCACUUCCCUGGUUCCCAGUCCAGAAGAGACUUCCAGGACAAGCAGAGACCAGGUUCUCCGCCCUUACAGCCACUUCCACUGUCCACACAUAGACCAAGUCCACCCAGCCAGCACCCAGCAUCUCGUCCAGCUGUAGCCUGAAUCCUGAUUUGCCUGAGACUCCAGACACCAGAAGGAGUUUCACCUUCCUGCUUCGACAUGCCUCACAGCUCACUGACAGUGGGGGGAGAGCAUUUGCUGCCAGUCCCCGGGAUUCUGGUUCCUGAUUUCUUCUUCCCACAGAUGGGAUGAGCAGUGUGGCCUGUGAAGAUAGGCACAAAAUUCAGCAACUUUCCCAGUGAGACCUGAGGUGAGGGACCAGGUGCACACUCCUGCCACCGUGGAGCCACCCACCACCAUUAGAGACUCUGAGCCAAAGAUAAACCAUUUCUCUCAA